UAUAUGGCAGCACGAAAAGGCGAUGUCAAAUCCCUCACUAUCAUACUUGAUGCAUAUCCAAACCUUCGUCUUCAUGAUGCAAAAUUUACUAGUUUCCGUAGAACUCCUUUACAUAUUGCAGCUAUGCUUGGUCAUGUCAAAUUUGCAGAAGAAAUUUUGCGGUUGACGCUACAUGAUGAACAACAUCCCGCGGAUGUUAAAGAUUCGCAAGGAUUUACACCUCUUCAUUUGGCUUCCGAAAGAGGUAAUGUUGAUAUGGUGAGAUUGCUGUUAAAUGCAAGCGUUGAUGCAUGCACAGUUCCGGAUCAAGAUGGACGAACACCUCUACAUCUAGCAGCCAUGUUAAGCAUCACACUUUCAAGGCCCUAAAGAAGUUGGUUGACUACUUGUCACGUUCGCCAAGUGAUACUACUAGAAACCCGAACGCUACUUCUGUGAACUCCAAGGACAUUGAUGGGAACACAAUCUUGCACCUGGCAGCAAAAACAAAACAGCUAAAGGUGAUAAAUUAUUUACUCGAGAAUGAUUAUAUAGGAGUUGAAAUAAAUGCCUUAAACAAGGCUAAUCUAAGAGCCCUACAGAUGAUAUCUCAAAAUGAAAUGGAUGACAUACGGAUGUUCGCAAAACGUGAAAUGGUUGAGCUUGAAAUUUCUUGCUUCGGUUAUUUUUGUGAAAGAUUUGAGCGAAAAACAUCUUCAGAUAACCAAUGGAUGCAUGAGAGGGUGAAUAUGCUAAUGGUCGUCGCAGUACUGAUUGCAGGCAUCGCCUUUCAAGCAACUGUCAGUCCACCUGGAGGUGUCUUUCAGGAGGAUUCAGAGGUUGAUUCGACGGUUGACCCUGUUCUAUUUACAUAUUAUCUGAAUUCCGUGAUUGACACCACUAUGUCUGAUCAUUUUAGUUCUUACCUACAAAACCUGCUGGAACAGACAACAGCUACAGGUAAUAUUACAACAGGCAAAAAUAACACCGCUCAUUUUAUCAAGGCUCUUUCAGACAUUACGUUGAAUGAUGAUUCAUAUUCCUAUACGUCUCCGACAGCACCUGGUAUUGUGUUGGAUGAGGAUAAGUGGAGGAAAAUCUUCUCUGAUUACAAUCGUAGUAUUGGAGGUGAUGCAAGCUUUUCCCCGUACUUGAUACGUUACGCGGGAAAUCCUAUCUUGGCAUAUACAAACCCAAUUAGUUACCAGGUAUAUGUGAGCUCUAAUGCACUGGCACUUCUACUGUCUCUAUCCAUCGUCCUUUUAGUUACAACCAUGCUCAUCCUUGAUCAGCCUAUUCCUCAUGUCCGGUUUCUUGCAUCACUGAUGGCAAUCUCGAUCGGAUGUAUUAUUAUAGGCUACAUGUCUCUUUACAAAACCAUGACUCCACCUUUUUUCAGAAACAAUGUUAGGUAUACGCCAUUUGGCUUGUACGCUGAAGCUUGGUUUAUUGGUCUAUUCGGCAUCUUCACCUAUACAGAGAUAUUUAACAAAUCGCGCAAAUCUUUUACGGUUCGCACAAGAAGGUCGACUAGUCAUACGCUUCAAUAUGUAACAAGUAUGUGGAUUUUUAUCCUCAUUACAUUGAUUUUUAGAUGGGUCGGUUAAUGCAUAAAGCUUGUUUUAUUUUUGUAAAACGGGACUGUAGUGAGGGUUUGAAGUUUGAAUCUAUAGGUUAAAC